AUGGCAUCAUCUAUAUCACCGAUGCUGUCAUGGAAGGAAGAGGUUUCACUUUCAAUCCUAACUCAUACAACAACUUCUUAUAGUAAUACUUGUGCCAGUCCUAUAAUGAAUAGUAAGAUAUGGAGUAAACUUCCUGAAACACUAGUUGAUCGAGUGAUUGCGUUUCUUCCUCCACCAGCUUUUUUUGAUGCUCGAUCAGUAUGCAAAAGAUGGUCUAAUCUAUUAAUUUCCAACAGCUUCAUCGAAAUGUAUCUAAGUAUAUCGUCAUCGGCACGACAACGUCACACUUGGUUCUUGUUUUUCAAACAUAAGAAACUGAAGAGUUACAUUCACGGUAAUAACUACAAGCAAAGGGAAAUAGAAGAUAACUCGUCUUCACGUGAAGGAUAUCUAUUCGAUCCUAAUGAAAUGAAAUGGUACAAAAUAUCAUUCGGUUCAGUUAUACCAUCUGGUUUCUCUCCAUGUUCUUCAUCUGGAGGUUUGAUAUGCUGGGUAUCUGAUGUUGCUGGGAUUAAGAACUUAAUUCUAUGCAAUCCACUGCUCGUGAAGAUAUAUCAUUCGAUACUGAUGAUGAACACUAUUACUACUCGAACACCUAGACUUUUUCCGUCAGUUGGAUUAAAUGUUACAAAUUCAUCUCUUGAUGUGGUUGUUGCUGGUGAUGAUUUGAUAUCACAGUUUAAUGUCAAAAACGUAAGUAGUGAAAUAUAUCAUGUCUACAGCAGUGGUGGUGGUGGUGGAUACUCAUUAUGGGGGGGAACAACAAGCGCACUUCCUGAGAAAUGUAGUCUUCAACCGGGGGGGAAGAUGGUGUUUGUAGAUGGAAAGUUCUAUUGCAUGAGCUACAGCCCUUUAAACGUAUCAGGUUAUGAUGUCGGAUUGAAUGAAUGGUUCGAAAUAGAAGCGCCGAUGAGAAGGCAUUUAAGAUCACCAAAUUUAGUUGAAUGUAGAGGAAGGUUGGUUUUAAUUGCUGCUGUUGAGAAGAGUAAACUCAAGGUACCUAAGAGUUUGAGAAUGUGGGUUUUACAGAGAUCAUCAUCGACUACUUGUACCAACAACCAGCAUAAAAAAUGGCUAGAAGCUGAAAAAAUGCCACAAAAUCUUUAUAAGCAGUUCAGUGAAGCUGGUGGUGAUGGAGAUGAAGGUUUUGACUGUGUAGGUAAUGGUAAUUUCAUCAUUAUCACGUUACCUGGUUCUGAUAAUAUGUUGCUGUUUGAUUUUUAUCAGAAAGCAUGGCAAUGGAUUCCUCCAUGUCCUUACAGCGGUGGUGAUGGAGGAUUACGUGGGUUUGCAUAUGAACCUCAGCUUUUUACACCCAUCUUGGCUUGGGUCCCCCCUCAUGAAUCAGGAAUUUAA